AAGUAAAUCUUUAAUUAAUGGACAUCGAUCGUCAUAUAGCAUCAUUACUUUCAGGAGGAUGUCUUCCAGAACGAGAUUUGAAGCUUAUUUGUGAAAGAGCAAAAGAAAUCUUUUUAGAAGAGUCAAAUGUAUAACCAGUUAGAGCUCCAGUGAAUGUUUGUGGUGAUAUUCAUGGUAUGUUAUUAUUAGUAUUGAUUUAGGACAAUUCUUUGAUUUAUAAGCAUUAAUGAGAGAAGGAGGAGAUAUUCCAGCACAUAAUUAUAUCUUUAUUGGCGAUUUCGUUGACAGAGGAUAUAAUAGUGUAGAAACUAUGGAAUAUUUACUUUGUUUAAAAGGUAUCUCAUUCAUAUCAAUAAUCAAUAGUUAAAUAUCCAGGAAAUAUAGUUUUAUUAAGAGGAAAUCAUGAAUCAAGACAAUGCACAUAAGUUUAUGGAUUUUAUGAAGAGUUAUUAAGAAAAUAUGGUAAUAGUAGUCCUUGGAGAUUAUUUAUGGAAGUUUUUGAUUGCUUACCAUUAGCAGCAUUAAUUGAAGGUUAAAUACUUUGUGUUCAUGGUGGAUUAUCACCAGAUAUGAGAACAAUUGAUUAAAUUAGAACUAUUGAUAGAAAGGUUAUAUUAAUUCAACAAUAUUUAGAUUGAAAUACCUCAUGAAGGACCAUUUUGUGAUUUAAUGUGGUCAGAUCCUGAAGAAGUAGAAUAUUGGGCUGUAAAUUCUCGAGGAGCAGGAUUUCUUUUUGGUGCAAAGGUUACUAAGGAAUUUUGUAGAAUCAAUGAUUUAACAUUAAUAUGUAGAGCCCAUUAAUUAGUUAUGGAAGGAUAUAAAUAUUGGUUCCCUGUAAUAUAUCUAUCUAUUAUAUUAGGAUCAAAAUUUAGUCACUGUAUGGUCUGCUCCUAAUUAUUGUUAUAGAUGUGGAAAUAUAGCAUCAAUUUUAUGCUUAGAUGAUUAAUUGUAAUCAACAUGGAAAACAUUCAAGGAAGUACCAGAAAGUGCUAAAAGUAUUAAUCCAAAAAAUGUUUUACCAUAUUUCUUAUGAAGUAUUUUUUUAAAUAUUGAUACAUUUUUUAUUCAUAAAUUUAUCUAAAU